GAAAGCAAAGGUAGGUUUAGAGCCCAAUAAAUGCUAAAACGAUGUUUUGUUAGAUUAGCUUUUAAAAUAAAAGAUGUGAAAACGAAGUUGAUCCUUGAUCGUGCGCGAUCGAAGAAGGAGAAGCAAGGUGUUCCCUCUGAUGAUAUUGACGAUGAAGAUCUCGCACGCGAAUGUAAUUUAGUUGAUUCUUAUCUUAUUUCUACUGAAGAUUUGAUUGCUCAAAAGGAAAGGCUGCUGUUAAUGCUCAAAGAGCAAAAACUAAAGCGCAUUUCACAACGGGAGGCUUUUCUUGCUUGGCAAACCAAACAAAGAGAAAAAGGAGCUGCACAUCGUUUGGACCGGCAAGCACGAACAUCAGAACGAUACAAGCAACACCAUUACCACUCACAGAAAGGACGUAUUCUUCCUAUAGCACACUUUAAGGGGGAUAAGGAAACAAAUGACAAGUACGAUUGGAAAUCGGCAGGUGCAAAACUUUGUAGCUCACGCGAGUGCGUGUCCUCAACUGAAUUUUUAGUUGAGGAGAACCAACGCAACCCAUAUACGGUUUUUUUAUCCUUAAGUAAGCGAUAGUGAUUCUGUUUUUUUCUUUAUUUUCUAACUGUUUGCAGUUAUACAUUCUUACACAAGGAAUCACAUGU